AUGCCUCAGGUGCUUUACGAGGGCAAGAUCCGUCUCGCAGAGCUGACACCUGUUGAUAAGAAUAAUCCAAUCCAUCUCAACCUUCGGAUUAUUGAUCUGCGACAUUCUCGCGUUCCAGAAUAUGACGCGUUAUCGUACUCAUCUGCUACUGAUACGUUUUCCAAUACCAUCUUCCUCGGGCCCUUCUGGGACGUUCUGCAUGCACCAUCCUAUUUCCAAGCUGCCCUAUGCUGUAUCCAGAGACCCAACUCAGUCCGGCUAGUUUGGGGAGAUUACAUCUGCAUUGAUCACCAAACUAUCCGCGAUAAAAACCAGCAAGUGAGUCUCAUGCGUGAGAUUUACAUGAGCGCAGAAUUAGUACCUGCGUGUAUAGGAAGGCCGUCAGCAGACAGUGAUCUGGUUCUCCAGACAUUGAAGGAAGCUGCUUGGGGUCAAAUUGUGGACUUGGUGAAGGGCAUGGAGGCCCAUCUGAGAAGAUUAUGGAACCACUUCGACAAGCAAAUAGGAUGGAUGUUCCUGGACCAAACCGCUGUAUGGUCAUUCCUCCAAUACCUCAGUCACCAAGCCCAUGAUGCUUUGAAAUACAUGAUCAAGGAGCCGCCACGAUCGAACAAUAUUGCGGGAUGGAAAUUCUUCUCUCAUACACAUGGGACAUUGAACGAUUCAGCCGUUCAUUUCCGCAGAAGUCCGAAGCCGGCACAGACAAUCCGACAUUUCGCGACCUCCGAUCGCGACUCCAUGAGAUCCAGAGGUGGACACAGGUAA